AUGACCGAUAGUCUACCCAAAGUCAAUACAUUUGAGUCCAUUAAUUUAGGUUCCACUAUAGGGAGAGCUAAAAAGAGCUACGAUUCGAUGGCUAUUAACAACAGAGUACCGGAAUCCGUUUCAGCUACAUCUGAUGAUGAUGAAUUAGACCCCGAAGAAUUUCUAUCUCAGAACCUGCCUGAGGCAUUAAGAAAAGAAGGAAAUAUUCCAAGUGAUAAUUUUGAGGAUUUAGACAAGUUGGGUAUUUUAAAUUCUACAACUAUUCUUGGGGAUAGAGAUACAAAUAGGUAUGUGGAUCAAAUAAACAAUAGCAACACUAUUUCUCCUGUAACAGAAAUUGCACCACAGAUUGGGAUCGAUAGCACUUCAAGUCUUGCAGACUCUAAGGCUUUGAACAGCUUACAGUUUCUGAGCCAAAAUCCUUUCGAUAUGGCAAAAUCUAAUUCGGUUUAUUUCCCGAAGUUAACUUCAGCGAAAUCAGGGGAAAAGGCGUCUCUUAUAAAAUCUUUGCAGGAAACUAAUAAAACUCUUCAAAAUGAAUUACACGGGAGUAUUAAGCUACAGAAGAAAUUGCUAGAUAAUGGUGAAGAUACAAGCAGAGUGAGAAGCUCCAUAUCACGUAAUUUUAAACGACUUUCGGAAAACUUUUACUCUUUAAAUGAACUAUACUCACAGGAAGUUAGUUAUAAUGAAUCAUUGCAUGAAAGCUUUAAAAGGUGGGACAAGAGACGUGAGAAGAUAUUGAACAAGAUUUCAUUAAUUAAGAGUAACAAGAACAAACAUGGAUCGAAACUAGAGAAAUUACUAGGUGAAUCUGAUAUCAUAGAUAACGAGAUUUUAGAUCUUGAGAGGAAACUUACAGGCUUAAAAUCGAAGAAGAAACUCAUAAAUGCUGAAAUCGAAGACACUAGUUCAGUUUUAGAAAGUCGAACUUCGAAAUACGUAGAGACGUUUAGAAACAUAGAAAGGCAAGGGUUUGAAGCUUUGAAUGAAUUUCUCAAUGUAAAUAAUAUGCCAUCUAGUGAGUUGCACAAUUUUGUGAAGUAUGUUCCUGUUGAUGUAACCUUCUUAAAUAACUAUCAACAAAGCCUGAAGAAUGACAUAAACGAACAGUCGAGUGAGAAUACUCCCUCAAGAGUAAAAGAUGCUCAUAAGAACGAAAGUUCUAACGAUAAGAAGGGUGCCGAAUCUAUUGGUAUGCAACCAUUCAUUGCCCCUGAAUUAUCGAAUGAUAAGAGUGAUAAUUCUCUUGCCAAUCACGGCCACGGGCUUACUCCGUUCGAAGAGGGCUUUGAAAAAGGAUCUAAAGUUUCAUAUACCGUUCGCAAUCACUUGAAUAAUUUUAUAAAAUCAUUAGUUUCCAAUCCGUCGAUUACAAAUGAAGUAUUACCUUCAGCAAGACAAAUUGAUGAUAUUUCUAAUACCAUAAAUCUGAAAAUAGAUUUGGCAUCUAUAUUGGAACUUUUAGAUAUUAAAGAGGAAAGCUCACAAGAAACCUUACGUUAUACUUCCAAGCAGGCUACGUUGUAUCAUGAAUAUGGAAAUGUAUGGGACAUGGUUGUGGAUCUUAUUAAAAGCCAAGAAAGUAAAUUGCUUUCUCAGUUAUCGGAAAGCUCUCUUUCGAAAGAUGCAUUGGACAAAAAUAUAAUAUCUAUCAUGAAUUCCACUAUAGAAAAGAUCAAGUCUUUAGUUUCAUCGCUGAUAACCCAUUCUUUUAUUCUCAAUUCAAACCCUUCAGCUAAUGCGUUAUUUAAAAGUAUCAUUCAUGAAGUCAAAGCAAUCUGUUCUGCUUUGGCUGUAGCUUCUGGUGACGAUGGCCAUUUAGAAAAAGUUAACGAAUUCAAAGCUCUACUAUCUACAGCGAAGCUGAACCCCAACAAUAUUAGUAGCAGCCAACUCCAAAGUAAAACUAACAGACGACUGUCAACAUUAAAUUCUGCCACGUUAUACAAACCUAUAAAAACCGUUCCCUUGACGGGAACCACAAGCAUAAAUUACCUUUCUUCGGGAUCAUCUAGUUUAUCGUCUGAUAUGAUUAAAGAAGAAUCAGCUGGAAAAUUCAAUAUAAGGGGGAAUGAUAAUCAAGGAAUAUUUAAUCCGAAUUCCAAGAUGGUUAAAGAAGAAUAA